AUGCUUUAUGGAAAUGGAAAGCGAGGACAGCUUGCCUCCCCGGCUGAAGAGAUUAACAGCAUUCAAACCGGCCACCCAGAGGGUAUAGAGGAGCAGCACCUAUUAGCUAGAGACUAUACCGAAACAGUCUAUUCUGAUGACGGUCGACAAAUAACAACAAGUCCUCAAAUCAAGGAUCACUGUUAUUAUGAAGGUUACAUUCAGAAUGAUGCUGGUUCCAUAGCAAGCAUCAGUGCGUGCAAAGGUCUGAGUGGCUAUUUUGAGACCCGUGGCCAGAAGUACCUUAUUGAGCCCUUGGGAACUUCAGACAGAGAGGAACAUGCAGUCUAUAAGUAUGAGGACCUCGAACAAGAGUCCAUAAAAACCUGUGGGCUAAUCAAUAAUACCUGGGAAGCAGAUUCAAAUGACCCCAUCAGUGACUACUUCAAAUCCAGCAACAAUCCAGAAAUGAAAGCAUACCUGAAAGCAAAAAAGUAUCUGGAAGUUUACAUAGUUGCAGACAAUACUUUGUAUAAGAAGUAUGAGGAAGAUGUUAAAACUGUAAGAGAAAGGAUAUUUGGAAUAGUCAAUUACAUCAACACGGUUUAUAAGGCCAUAAAUAUCUACGUGGCUUUAAUUGGCCUCGAAAUUUGGACAGAUGGCGACAAAUGCCUCCUGAGUCGUGCUGCAGGAUUCACCCUGGACAGUUUCUCAAAGUGGCGCCGAUCAGAUUUAUUAACGAGGAAAAAAAAUGACAAUGCUCAGCUACUCACAGGCUAUGACUUUGAGGGGACAACAGUCGGAUUAGCCUUUCUAAAAUCCAUAUGCAGUGAUAUAUAUUCUGCAGGUAUUAUUCAGGAUCAUAACAGAAAUGAAAUUGCAGUUGGAGCUACCAUGGCACAUGAGAUGGGACACAACCUUGGCAUGAGUCACGACACCAGAGCCUGCACGUGUCACGAUAAAGUUUGUAUCAUGACAGAUACUGUCAGUUCUAUCAUCCCCAAGAAAUUCAGCUCUUGCAGCCUCCAAAGUUUUGAGAAAUACAUGCUGAGUGACAUGCCAAAAUGCCUAACGAACAUCCCAGAUAAAAGCAGCAUCAUAGCACCUCCGUCCUGCGGAAAUGGCUUUGUGGAAAAAGGAGAGGAAUGCGACUGUGGUACUCCUGAGGAGUGCACAAAUGAGUGCUGCGACCCCGAGACGUGCAAACUGACAGCAGGUUCCAUAUGUGCACAAGGAGAGUGCUGUGAAAACUGCCAAUAUAAAAAGCCAGGAGCUGUGUGCCGAGCAGUCAGGCAUGACUGUGACCUGGCCGAGAUGUGCACCGGCUUUUCUGCAAAUUGCCCAGAGGACCGAUUCCGUGUGAACGGACAUUCCUGCAACUACGGCAAAGGCUAUUGCUACAUGGGAGACUGUCCCACUCGAGAAGACCAGUGCAAAGCUGCUUUCGGACCACAGGCUACUGAAGCUGCAGCUUCCUGUUACCAGAUGAACACGAAAGGGUUAUAUUAUGCAUACUGCCGAAAAGAAAAAGGUAGUCACGUCCCGUGUAAAAAAAAAGAUGUAAUGUGCGGAAAGUUGUUCUGUACUGGGGGGAAUGAGAUGCCUCGGGACGGGAACCUGGUGACUUUCGAGUCCUGCAAAGCAAGUUUUCCUGGAAAUGGAGGAGAAGACACAGGGAUGAUUCGCGAUGGAACGAAGUGUGGGAAUGGAAUGGUGUGCAGCAAAGGAGAAUGUGUCUAUGCCGAAGAUGUCUUUAGAUCAACCAACUGUUCUGCCAAGUGUACUGGACAUGCUGUGUGCGACCACGAGUUGCAAUGCCAGUGUGAAGAAGGAUGGGCACCACCAACCUGCGACAGCUCCUCGGCAGUGACCACCUUCGCUAUUGUUGCUGGUGUGCUGAUUGUCCUCGCUGUCACAGCAACUACAGCAGUGUUACUUAUCCGCUUCCAAGUAUUCAAGAAAAGCUGCCAGACCAGAAGGGGACCUGGAGCCACAAACCAAGUCUUUGUGGAUCAAGAACAAAGAUGCAGAGAACACCCUGUCCUGGCUGUACCUGCCCAGAAGAUGAACGAUAAGAAACUUCUCCUUCCUGUACCUCCACCGCAGGAGAACAAACCACAGCGCCAAAGUCCUGCCAUAAGGCCUAAAGGUCCCCCACCUCCUGUUCCUUCUACCAAACCAACAUCUUCUCACACAGAAGCGAUUUUUGCACCAGAGAGAAAACCUGCUCAUCUCCCAGUUCCCAAAGGCAAACCUCCACCUCCACCAAAGGCUUUAAAACCUCUGAUUAAUCCCAGAGUAUGAAGCUUCUGCAGUAGGGCUGAUCGAGAUAUCUGAAAUUUUCAGGGACAAUUUGUUUGCCCCUUGAUUCCUCCAUUUUUGGCGAAGGCAACCAAGAUAGUCUUCCUGUUCUCUUUAAUAAAAGAACAACCGACUGACAGCUGCUUUGAAAGAAAAAGUUCAGUUUUCAAACAGCGAAGAACUCUUUGGUGAUGACAUCAAGCUACUGCCCAAAAGGAAAAGAAGCAGAAUCACUGCUUGCACAGAGGUGUAGACUGGGAGUGAGUUGUGGAAGCUGCUUAACACAUCCUAACUCCUAGGCCACCACCGCAAGAUGUGGCUGCACUGGGAUGCCCUGCACCUACACCACUCUUCUGGGUACAGGCCCGAGCAGAUCAGGGAAAGUAUGGCUACUAUACAUUUGUAAAUUGUAAACUUUUUGCUAUGUUUCCGGAUCUUUGCUAGACCUCUCUUCAGCAACAGACCAGACCUUCUCCUUCAGGAAAAAGGAAAAUCCUUUCUGCCCUUUGGAGAAAAGUUUGCGUCCUCAAGGCCUGAACUAGCUUUGGAAUAAUAAGAUUAUACACUGGAAAUGCAUUGAUUCUGGAAAGAUCCUUCUGGAUUCGGUUCUCUCAUUAAUCCUUAGAUUACCUGUUAAACAAGAUUCCUCUGUUGAGUCGGUAGAGCUGGAGAUACGCUCAAAAGCAAAGCACGCAGGAGUCAAACCACUUGCUGCUUGCAAGUGCGCCCAAAGUUCAGGCUGUGCCAGCUUAAAAAGCGCUCCAGCUGCCACCACUGCACUUGGACAGACACAUUUAGAAAAGCGCAGUCAACAAAAUCCUUAAUCAUUUUAUUUCAUUUGCCCCUCAGCUCCAAAAAUAGCUAAGCAUUUCUCCCUUCCAGGAUAUACACACCUUGGUGUUUUCGUUUAAUUGCUCUUGCACCGGGGUGUGUUAUUGUAAAAUUGCUAAUGAGAACUAGGCUGGGCACAGGGGUUUGUUAUUAUGGGACAGCACCGCGGCGUGAGGCUUUGCACACCGGUUUAUUACUGAGGGGUUCUUCAUUCGUUCUGGCCUGUUGGCAUCAGCACUGUUGACACUAUGGGCCUGCUGGCAUCUAUCUGCAUGGUACCGCUGGCAUUGACGUUAAUAAUACAGUGAGGGUGCUGGCACUGAUGCCAUUGUUACCCUUGGCACUGAUGCGAUUCAUGCGGUUGGCAUCAGUAUUUUUAACUUAAAGUGCACAGAAGUGUUUUUCAAGGAACCAAAAUUUUACCAGGAAAAGAAAAAAAAAAAAAAAAAGAGAGAGAGAGAGAAACAAAAUUGCCCUGGACCCAAAGUACUCAAGAUUUUAUAGAGGUUCCAGUUUAAACUGGAUUGGGGUUUGGAUCAAGAUCAACAUCAGAACACAGAUCCGAAGCGAUUGCACCAUGGCUCAGGAAGGCAGUUUCCAGCCCUUGGGCAUAGCGGCUUUGCUGGAGAAGACCACAGGGCUGCCAAAUACCAGAACAAGAUCUGAGGCCUCGGGCCAGCAUUGUCCAUACGAACCUUUACCUGUACUUGCUUCUGACCAGGGCCCAUAAGGACUUUUAAAAAAGCCCAAUCCUCAGAGGGCCCAAAACCUUCCACUCGAGCUCGCAAACCAGCUCACACCUGCUGAAAUCCCGAUCCGCGUAAUCUUGUCCUGGCACUGAGCACAUCACUGUACACUCACUUUUCAAAUGCAGAGCCCUGGUGUUUACCGUGACUGUUACUGCAGCUGCACGCCGCAGAUCCACCGUCUCUGAUACAGAAAUGCAUCUAAGAAACCCAAAUUUCUUCUUUUGGGCUAGGCUUGCUUUGAGGUUGCCAAUCAAGUACUGUAUGCUCUGCAAAACACAGAUGUGAUGAAAUUACAGUCUUCAGUUUGAUGAGUGAGGUGAGUUGUUUUUUAUUUUAGGAUAGAUUUUUAUUGGAAGAUGAUAGUUUUCUUGCACUUUGGAUAAUUGCUUCUUUAUUUGAGUCAGAAAUGAAUUUUAAUCUAUCUGACUGUGGUGUAAAGAUUCAGAACUUAUUUUUUAUGAACUGUAAUUAAUGUA